AUGAUACCUAGUAUUAUUCAAAUUUCGACAGUUUGGUUCUUGCCCGAGUCACCACGAUGGCUUAUUUCCCACGAUCGCGACGAAGAGGCGCUUGCUGCACUACGAAGAUAUCACGGCGAGGGCGGAGACACGGAGCUUGUCCGCUUAGAGUAUGAGGAGAUCCGAGCUGCUAUCGAUAACGAGAAAAGAAACGAGGCCACAACGUGGAAGUCCAUGGUCUCUACCAGUGGAAACCGGUAUCGAGUGUUCCUCAUUGUCUGCAUGGGUGUUUUCAGCCAGUGGUCUGGAAACGGGCUGAUCUCUUAUUACCUCUCCCGCAUCAUGGACACUGUUGGCAUCAAGAGCAAAGAUACUCAGGCACUCGUCAACGGUCUCCUCACCGUCUGGAACUGGCUAGUAGCCCUCACCACGGCCAUGUUUGUUGAGCGUCUGGGUCGCCGUCCCCUAUUUCGCACCUCAACUAUCGGCAUGCUCGUUGUUUUCAGUUCCUGGACUGUUGCAUCCGCUCGGUUUGCAGAGACGGGAGCGAACGCCGCCGGCAUCGCCGUGAUGGUAUUUGUCUUCCUUUUCAUGUUCUUCUACAGCAUCGCCUUCUCUCCUCUGCCAGUGGCUUACUCCGUCGAGGUGCUCCCUUACUCGAUCAGGGCCAAGGGCAUGGCAACCUAUGUCUUCUCGACCAAGUGCGCCGUCUUCGUCAACCAAUAUGUUAAUCCAAUUGGACUUGAAGCCAUUUCGUGGAGAUUCUACUUGGUCUAUGUGGUGAUCCUCUCCAUUGAGAGUUUCAUCGCCUAUGGCUGGUUCCUUGAAACCAAAGGGAAGGCACUCGAAGAGAUUGCAGUCAUCUUCGACGGGGAAGCUGCUGAUGUUCGCCUACAUGCUGAGGCAGCGAAAGAAAGCAAUGACCCGAUGGUUAGGGAACUGAGCAACUCUAUGAGGGAGGCAUGA